AUGUAUAAAGUUGGACAUGUUGCCGCAGUGCGUAUCCCCUUAGAUUCGGCUCCUGCCCUCGACUGUCCUAGUCGAAGUGCUUGGUCCCCUAUUCUGUUUAAGCCACAGUCUUCGGUCCAGAAAGUUGACUUGAGUGCGGUGAGUUCUGAUACCUACAGCGAGGUUAGCUGGUAUGAUCUACUCGCAAAGGAAGCUAAGAAGAAUAAAGGAAUUGCAGCUAAGAAAGCUGCGGAAAAGGAAGGUGCCGGAGGGUCUGCUGCCACAGCCCUGGACCCCUAUGGAUCAGAUGAUGAUGAACAGUUGAAAGCUCUGGCAGCUCAGUUUGAGAAAAAGUACGCUGAACCCUCAAAGAAAAAAGUGAAAAAACGGAAAGACUUCGAUGAUCUUGGAGAUGGAUACGAUGAAUCUGAUCCGUUCAUUGACAAUUCAGAGUGCUUCGACGAAACUGUUCCUCAGGAAAUAACUACAGCUUUUGGUGGGUUUUAUAUCAAUACUGGAAUCCUGGAGUUCAAGAGUAACAAGAACGUGGUGUACGAGUUGUCUGACUCCUCCGACGACUCCGACACCCCAACAAGCACCACGGAGAAGAAGAAGAAGAUAAAGAAGGAAAAUGGAGGAGGAGGAGGGUCAGGAAUACCAAUCAAGAAAGCAAAGAUGAUAAACACAAAGAGAAAGGCCCGAAUGAUUACGACAGCGGUAGGAUCAGGACCUAAUUCAAACGGAACUCUGAAAAAGGUGAUGACUAAAUUUCUUAAAUUUGAAUGUCUGUAUACAUUAGGACCUGCACUUCCCACCGUGAACUCGAGUAUAAAAAUCACCCCUGUCCUUCUUAAAGACGAUUUUAAGAAUAAGGACGAAUCCAAAGCUAAAGACGAGUUAAAAACAAAAGACGAUGCCAAGCAAGAGGCCAAGAACAAGAGUGAGUUAAAGAGCAAGGAUGAAACCAAGAGUAAAACUGAAAUCAAGAAUAAGGACGACACAAAGAGUAAGGACGACACAAAGAGUAAGGACGAUCCUAGAAAAAAGGACGAAGUUAAAGGACUAAUCAGUGUUAAAGCGUCCUCGGAGCUAAUGGGUCCUAAACUCGGCAGUGCGCCCAGUUCAAAACCCGCGAGUGCGCCCCGCGACCUCAAGUCUGAAAGGAAAGGAGGGACGAACAAGAGCGUUGGUCAAAGUUCCCCAAAGCCUCCGGAACUAAUAGAUUUAGAGGCUCAGCUGAAUGCUUUGUCGGGAGAAAGUGAGAGUACUCAAUCCACGCCAGUCUCCAAAGGAAACACUUCGAGCAGCAACCUGAAUAAAUCCAGUUCUAGCAGUUCAGUGAAUAAACCUCCAAGUUCUAAUUGUUCAAGUUUUUCCAUCUCAAGACUAGCAUCACCUUCAGUAGUAGAUAAGGCUGGCACUGGUUCUAGUACUCAGAAGAGUUCUUCAUCAUCAAAUCAGUUAACUAAGUCUACUUUUGAGCCUGGAAACUGUACUCCGGAAAUCUUAGGAAAAUCUAAUAUGGCGACGCCCGGCAUUAAAAAUGGCGGGAAUAUAUCAACAGAUUUUGGCGGGAAAAUUGAGAGGAAAACAAACAUGUACAGUCACGAUCCUGCAUCGAAUCUCUCUUCUUUUUCACAAUCAGACUCAGGAAAGACGAACUCAAGCAUCACCAAAACCGUCACUUCAAGCACAGAUAAAAAGAUUUUUCCAACGUCUUUAUCAUCUGGUGCAACAUCGUCGACUCCCCUCCAGACUGCCGGCAAGAGUAAUUCCUCAUCAUAUUCUUUCUCAGGAUCAGAUCUAAAAAAGGCCACCCUCACAAAGGUGUCCCCGUCCCCCCGGUCCAGCCCAGUCCCUACCUACACCCAGUCCCAGAGCAUGGCUGUAUUGGCCAGGGUCAAUCCGAAAUCUCAAGUUCCUACUCAAAACUCAGGAAAAGCAGUAACUGCAGCUGCUACGACUAAGCUAUCAGGCAGCGAGCUAUCCCAGCAGCUUGGUCGACAAGCUGUUCAGCAGCUUGGACGACCAGCUGUUCAGAAUCUAUUAAAAAACUCGAGUAAAUCUGACACUGGCCCGGGGAUCUCAGUUAAAAGCAUUUACAGUGAGAGUCAAAUUGGCAUCGCACAACCAUAUGGACAACAGGUGUCACCUGGCAAACAGGCGUCUAAUGGACAGUUUUCUCAGUUUGGACAGAUGCCCGCCAACAGUCAACAAUUUCCUCCGUUUGAUUUUUCCCAGUGGACACCCAAGCAGUUUCAGAUCCUUCAGCAGGCGUCGGGCAAUCAACCUUUGGAUCUAAAUGGUCAUAGGUCCGAUCAGGCCUCCAUAAGAAGUGGAUCUGAAGCUGCAAAUGCCGCAUCUAAUUAUGUUCAGCAAACCUUGUUGAAUGGGAUAAACGCAGGAUCCUACGGUGGAAACCCAGCUAACUGUUCUCCCAAUAGACUAACAAACAACAAGAAGCACUAGAGUACCUACUACAAGCUCAAUUCAAUUUAGUCUGUAACAGGUUUUUCCUACAAGAAAAAUAAUUGCCAAAUAUUAAAAGAACAGUGUCAGUGAUAAAUGGUGAUACUCUGUUAAAGGGAAUGCCAAUGUAAUUUCAAUUGACCCUACAUUUAAAGAGGUGUACGCCUAAUACCCUUACAACCUUUGUCAAACCAAAAACUCUUUCUUUAUAAAAAUUUCCAAUUAUGGUUUCUUUACAAAAGUGACAAGUGGACAAAGAAUGAAAUUUACACAUUUUAAGAUAAAAAAUUGACGAUUUUAAAGGCUCUGUCGUGAAUUGGACAUGCAACUCUAUAAAUGGAGAUACUUAAAAUUACGUGAACAGUCCCUUUAUAUGAAUCAGGAUUAUAUCUCCAAGUAGAUAUGUGCCGGGUGCUCCCAUCACAUGUUUUAUUAUGAUUGUAAAAUUAUUAUUCCAAGGGAAGGACUUUUUAUUCUGAAGUAUUCUUCUCUGACUGUAUAAAAUGAUUUAUAAAGAAUGUCUAGUGAUAUUAAUACAGUGUGUGUAUACUGGCCACAGAUUUUUAUAUUAAUUUCUUUUAAUUCUCUUCAUCAUGUAUUUAGAUCAAUAUUUUUCGUAUUAUUUUUUUUUUAUCAAAAUCCGUUUUAUUUUUAAUACUUAGUGAGGUUAUAAAUGUUUACUGUCUUCGUAGAGUGCUUAAUUGCUUAUUGUGGAAUAGGUAAAUUGAUAAACAAUAAUUCAGGGAGGGAUAUUUUUUAGAAUCAACCCCUAAUGCCUCACUCCAUGCAAACAUUCCUAACUCAAAGGGGAAAAUGGUUGAAACCCAUCAGAAAAUAUGAAACUUCUGAGUGUUAAGUUUUCCAUCCACCAUAUACAGGGAAAUUGGUUUACCUGAUUAGAUAAUUCGAGUAAACCAGGAGUACAUAUCCCCCCCUUCUAACAUGUUUUAUUGCUAAAUUGGGGAAAAUUGUUAUUAAAAGGUAAUUUAAAUAUGAAUCCUACAUCACAGGAAAUAAUAAAAAAUCGUUUUAAUAGUUCUAACUUAAAUAUAGUUUGCCUCUAUCUACCCCUGAUCCUAG